AUGGAGACGUUUACACGCACGCCAAAGCUGCACGAUGAAAUGCCAGCACUUCGAUGGAUGUACCCGGUCCAAUACGAGCGCGAUUGGGUGGUCUCAUGGGAACCAAACUUUUGUAAGGAAUCGAUGCAUAUGGCUGUUUUUCUCUGUGUCACCUACUGCUUUCUAUGCUUUGCUGGACGUCGUAUUAUGCGUGACCUUAAGCCCUUUAACCUGAAAAUCGCUCUAGCACUCUGGAACUUGGGAUUAGCUACGUUUAGUGCCAUUGGUGCUUCCAGGACAGUGCCGUUCCUCAUCAAUACUAUCUACCGCCGCGGUGUGUACCACUCGGUGUGCGCUCCACCCACACCACAUUACGGUCACGGCCCUGUGGCGCUUUGGGUGAUGCUCUUUAUUUUCUCUAAGGUUCCUGAGCUCGUGGAUACGGUUUUUAUCGUACUGCGCAAAAAGCCGCUUAUUUUUCUACACUGGUAUCACCAUAUCACAGUGCUUCUCUUUUGUUGGCAUGCUUUUGCAACACUCUCGGCUAGUGGCAUCUACUUUGUGGCUAUGAAUUACUUAGUGCACGCCAUCAUGUACUUUUACUACUUUCUUACGGCGUGCGGCUACCGGCCACGAUGGGCGCGCCUCGUUACGAUCUUUCAGCUGAGCCAGAUGGGCGUGGGUGUUGCUGUAUGCGGUCUCAACGUAUACUAUAUGAAGCAGGGCGUCACAUGCAGUGUGGACCCUGAGAACCUCAAAUGGGGUAUCAUUAUGUACUCGAGCUACUUUGCUUUGUUUCUCAAGUUCUUUAUUGAGCGCUAUUUGAUGCAUAGCACCAUGAAGGUUGUUGUAGUGUCAAAGAAGGUUCAGUAA